UUAACAAUAGAGGUCUGAGGAAGAAAGAGAUUUUGAAGCAAUUUUCUUUCUGUCCCAUCCUCUGUUACCCUCCCCCAGCUCAGAACCUCUCAGCAGAGCCCUGGGCUCUUACAGAGCUUUAUCGGCGGAUCUCUUCCCUUAGCAUCAUGUCACUGCCAGACACGGCAGACUUCAGAGCCCGCCGGCACCCCAGUGCAAUUCCUCCCUUCCCCCGGUAGCAAGUGACGCCGCAGCGGAGCCUCUGUCGGGAGGAAAAGUCCCGUUUGACACAAUUCUGCACAGUCCCACUUCGCAGCGCCGUGAGGCAAGGGCAGAGGAGAGCAGGCAAAAGGAAUGCCUGGAAGGCUAAAGCAGCAAGCUCAGCUGAACGCUGGCUAUCCGGCACGCCGCUAACUGGAAUUAAGAAAGUCCACCAAUGCUUCCCAGCACCGGGAUUUCAGCAGUGAGGAGGAUCCCGGGGGAGAAACCAGCGACGGUGAGCCCAGCGGGAUGCCAAAGCAGCAGCUGCCUCUCUCCACAGAUCCCGUUUAACCCCGGAUUCGCGUGCAUCCCACUUCGGAAAAGCACCUGGAAGCCCACCGUGCCUGCCCCUUGACGGAGAGCGAGCGGCGCCCACCGAAGCCCCGCUGCCCCCAGAGCGUUCCCAUGCGUACCCUGCGGCCCCGGAGCCCCCACGCCGCAGGACCGAGGUACCCGCAUCGGUUUUCCUUCCUAGCCGGGGAUGAAUGCUGUAACUAGGAGCCACGGAGAUUUAAAAGAAGCUCCCUAAGCCGUGCAAGGGAAUUAAUUUGCUUUUACUCGUAGACAAAAUGUGGCUCGCUGUCAGCCUUUUACGAGCAGCAGCGUUAUUCCCUUCCUAUGCCAAAGAGUGACCGUGUGUGCUCUCCUUCUUUACUUCUGCCGUGGAGGAAAUUUAAGCAAGAACAUGUAUAGUGAAUUGCUAAAUUCAACCAGUGCCACCGAAGCUCACCUCAUCAUUCAGACCAACACGCCCUACCUAAGCAGCACCCAGAGACCCGUGAGCUCCUCGGCGCUGUACAUGUCGACAGCCAGGGUGUUAAAAGAAGGGGAAAUAAAUAAGCCCGACCUGGUGACUUACAUCAUUCUGUUUUUCUUUCUGCUCUUGACUGUGACGCUCAUUGUGCUCUUCAUAAACUGCCAGCUGAAAAAUUCUUUUUUUGCUACUCUUCCUUACGACAGAUCCCUCCGAGAAGCAAGGAGCCCGUGGAGGACACAAGCUGUCUGACAUGAGAGAGAAACAAUGUCUUACCACAGUAGCGGGAACCAGAAACCCUGUGCAAUAAGACAUUUAUUUUUUUUUCUCCAUAUGUCAGUGAGUGGAUUCAACCCUCUUUAAAAUAAUAGGCUGCAUCACAGGAAAAGAUUGCUGAAAAAAUAUGCCGUAUGCAAAUCAGAAUAGCUGUAAAUAAAAAGCUGUACUGUGAACUAAAGAGAUGAUGCUUUAGCAAAUUUAUACGGUUUCAUGAAAAAAAAAAAAAAUGCCCCUUGAUUCCAGUUUAAGCUCUAUAUGUAUGCAAAUGUCAUCAUCGCCCCAUUCAGUGCCCAUACAAGGAUAUUUGCAUUAACAACAAUCCCUGAUUUGUGCAUCUGGUGGAGCUUGUUACCCACGUUUAUGAAGCCAUAGCACUGAAUGUAAAACACGGUGUAUUUACCUAACGGCUCCACACCGAGCAUGAGAGUUUACUUUCCAGACCUGUUUCUCUCAACUGCUGCUGAAAACGCUCGGUAAUGUAACGGGAGUCACGCCUGGCAGCGGGAGAAAGCUGAAAAGGUUUAUUGAGGUUUGUGAUCGUGAUUCUGUUGAGGGUGGUUUUUCUGAUGUUUUACUGCAUCUUCAAGGAGGUUUUAAGUUACUACCAGUUAUGUGAACCACUAAAUAAAUAUCUAGGUAACUUGUUUUCAACUUUCUUAAGCUACAAAGGAAAUUAUUCACCAUGGCACGAAACCAAAAAAUAAAAAAAUCAGGAUGGAGAGAAGGAAGGAGAGAAAAUAAACAUCAUUAAUCGUAUGUAAACUAAUGAAAGGAGAGAACAGAGCGCUCUGAGUUCAGUACAAAAAGCAGAUAACUUCUGAAACCACAGAGCAGUUUUAUAGGAGCAGUUGCUUUCAUGCACGGUAUCUCCACUCCUUGCUCUUUUUAAAAGUCUAGAACAAUUAGAAUCAUGCGUUAUCAGUAGGGCAACAGCAUGAUCGAUUCAACAUUCAUUACUGGUAACACACUGUUUUAGAUUAAUCAGCAAUCUGGUUUUGUAUUAAAAGCUCUACUUCCGCUUCACCCUGUUAGCAGACAUGAUAUUUUAUAGAUGACAAUUUUAAUGAACUUGCACUUACAGUGCCAUAAUUCUAGAUUAUACAGCACAAAUCCCAGAACAGUAUUCAUGUUUUCCACACAGUGGGCAAAGGGCUUUUUAAAAAGACAAAAUAAAAUAAAACCACAGUGUCUCAACAUACGGCUGAAUUGCAGAUAGCCAGAAACUCUCUUAAAACAAUUUUCUACUCCGUUUUUUUCUAGUGAAUCACUUAUCAAAAGAAAGGAGUUCAGGCAGUGUUAGAAGCUGUGCCCCUAAAUGCAUUGUUAACAUGCAGAAUACAGCAGAAGUGCUGUGUGUAUAUAUGUACAUAAUGUAUGUAAUCCGAAUGAGACUGUACAGUGCAAUUAUACAUACAUGCAGGCUUCACUCAAAUACAAAAUGUGGAUACCUGGGAGUCUGCUUGUAAACUCUUUUACACGGAAAGAAAUUGCACAGUUGGUAUACUUACAUGUCAUUGUCUUGGUUACCAUGUUUUACGAUGCUCAAAAAAGUUAGUCUACUAGACAGCAGGCUUAAAUAUUUUAUUCCUUGACAGGUGGCUGAUUUUUAUCUCAUCUGAACCAAACUUAACUGGUGUAAUUCCAAAUAAUUACUCUAAUGUUGAAAGAGAGAAUAAAUUUGAGUGUGCUUAUCUCAGCCCAUUUUGAAUAAAUUGAGUUUUUAUCAAA